AUGGGUGAAAAAGGAAAUAAAUCAGUUGUCCAAAAUUCAAAAAUUAAUCCAGAUGAUGGUAAUAAAUUUAAUUUUAUAAAAAACGAUGAUGAUGUUGAUUAUAAUUUAACAAUUAAUCAAAUAAUUGAUGAAAUCGCUAAUGGAGGUGAAGAUAUUGUAUGUGAUUGGAUGCGUGAAAUUACAAAAUAUCCUCAAACUACAGAUGCAUGUAUAAUGGAUGAAAAUGUAUCAAAAAAUAGAUUUCAAAAUAUUUUAUUAUAUGAUAAUAAUAGAGUAAAAAUUAAAGACAAAAAUAGAGGUAAUGAUUAUUAUCAUGCUUCUUAUGUUGAUGGAUAUGAUAAGGUUGGUAGAUAUGUUCUUGCUCAAGCACCAUUUGAUGAAUAUACUGAAUCUGAUUUUUGGAGACUUGUCUCAACUGCAAAACCAAAUAUGAUUGUUCUUUUAGCAGCAACAUUAGAUGAUAAAGGUGUUGCAUAUAUUCCACAAUUUUGGUGUACAGGAAAAAAACAAAAAAGAUAUUUUAAAGAUUUAGCAGUUAGAACAUUAGAAAUUAACAAUUUGAGACAUUGGGAUUUAUAUAAUAUUGAAAUUAUUGAUAAACAAUAUUCAAAAACACAAACAUUUACUUUAAAUUUAAUUCAUUAUCGUGGAUGGACAUGUGAUAAUAAAGUCCCAGAAUAUAUUCUUGAUUUUCGUGCUUUUUUCCAAUUAAGAAAAGCAGAAACUGAUGUUAAAAAAUUUGAUGGACCAAUUAUGAUAGUUUGCCCAACCGGAACACAUAGAGCAGCUUUCUUUGCUGCAAUUGAUAUUAUUAUAGAUAGAAUCAAUCAAGAGAAACGUGUAGGUAUCCAACCAACUGUUGAAAUAAUUUCUAAACAAAGAUAUGGUAGUUUCAUAUUUUUUGAACAUUAUUUAAAUCUUGUUGAAACUAUUACAAAACAUUGUGUAUCAAGUAAUAUUGUUGAUCUUCAUAUGUUAGCUCAAGUUGAAGUAAAAAAAGAGAAAAAAAAUGUUUAA